CUUUUUUUAAAAUAAGUUUCCCUUCUACGUGACUUUACAGAAAGAAACCAAGAAUAGGAGAAUGUUUCGUUAGCGUCUUCCGGAAGCCAAACCCACGCGCAUGCGCACUGGAGCCCUAACAGAAGCCCACCCCCCCCCACCCGGUUACUAUAGGGAGGCAAAAUGAGUAGCUCUGAAGAAGUGUCGUGGAUCUCCUGGUUCUGUGGGCUGCGAGGAAAUGAGUUUUUCUGCGAGGUAGACGAAGACUACAUCCAGGACAAGUUCAAUCUGACGGGUCUCAACGAGCAGGUUCCUCACUACCGCCAAGCGCUCGACAUGAUCCUCGACCUGGAGCCAGACGAUGAGCUGGAGGACAACCCCAAUCAGAGCGACCUCAUUGAGCAGGCUGCUGAGAUGCUGUACGGCCUCAUCCACGCGCGCUACAUCCUCACCAACCGUGGCAUUGCACAGAUGCUCGAGAAGUACCAGCAGGGCGACUUUGGCCACUGCCCCCGCGUUUACUGCGAGAACCAGCCGAUGCUGCCCAUUGGUCUGUCGGAUGUGCCGGGCGAGGCGAUGGUCAAGCUGUACUGCCCCAAGUGCAUGGACGUGUACACACCCAAGUCGUCGCGUCAUCACCACACCGAUGGAGCCUACUUUGGCACCGGAUUCCCGCACAUGCUUUUCAUGGUGCACCCCGAGUACCGGCCCAAGCGCCCUGCGAACCAGUUCGUGCCGCGCCUCUACGGAUUCAAGAUCCACCCCAUGGCCUACCAGCUGCAGCUGCAGGCCGCCGCCAACUUCAAAAGCCCAGUGAAGGCCCUGCGCUAAAAUCACUGGCGCGGAGAAGACUCGACUAUGUACACACACGCACGUACACGCACACGCACGUACACGCAUGAACACACAUGCGCACGUAUGCACACGCACACCUCACCUGUAUCCAUGCACACGCAUACACGUGUAUGUGUGUGUGUGGACACAUGCGCUUAUGCAUGCGUGCGUAUAUACAUUUAUGCAUACGUUGAUAAAAAACCUGCACGCACGAAUAUAGAUAUACACGACUGCACACACAGACACAGGUACGCAUGUACGCGCGCGUGUGUGUAUGCAACUGAUGUAUGCACGCACAAACGUGCGUAUGGAGGGAAACAUGCGCGCACGUACGUAUCCUUGCACGCACGUACGCAUACACGCGUACGCGCGUGCACAAUCGCCACCCGCCACGCGCACAUACGGAGACACACAGAUAGCUGCGACUCCCAAAGUCCGCAUUAGUUCGUUAACAUUAAAUCGUGAAUGUUAAGGAGCUCUGGCAGAAACGUCGAUGGUCAGCGUUUUGAGUCUGGCCUCUGGUGACCCCCUCCCCCCACGCAGAUGAAUGCAGUUUGAGUUUGGCGACCGAUUGCACAAGAGAAAAAAAAAAUUAUAAUGAUAAUCCACACUCCCAGCGAACGCUUCGGUGUUUUCAUUACAUUCGUCUUCGCGGGCGAACGCGCGCUCCCGCGUCGAUUUCCACCCCGACGGAAGUCAGUCGUGGGUCCGAUUCGUCCCGGACGUCCGGCCGCCUUUCGCUGAAACACUGAAGGGUGCGGUUACCGGGGCUGGUGGUGUUUGGGGGGGGGGGGUCCUCGGCGUUUCUCUGGCCGGUCGCAGACCGAAUCCGAACGCCAGCGUGAAUUUGAUCCUUUGAAAUGGGUAAACGUUUCCUCCCGUCGUUAGCCCCCCCCCCUCUUCGUGUUGAGUUAACGGCCCGCUGAAGCGGAUAAUGCGGAGCCACAUGCGAGGUCUCUCACCCGCGUGACACGCCGGUGGUCUUGGAUUUAAUUUCGGGAGCCGGAAGCUGUGAAUGUAGGCGAAUUCACAUUUGACGUGGUGGGGGAUUUCUGCCCCCCAUCCACCCCCCCUCCCUCCCCCACACGGAGUGCGGUUGACUGCGACCCGCCAGAGCGUCAACUCUCGCCGCUGGAGAAGGCCCGCGGGUUGUAACAGCUGUGUUUGGGGGGGCUGGGAACCCGGGUUUGAACCCAGGCUCACAACGGACUCCUCGGCUCUCACCUCUAAGCCAUCAACACGCACCACAAACAGAUCCCCUGUGUAGCCUUUACAGACUGUAGGGGCAAGUGCUGUUAGGGAGCACCUAUGAAGGUCGGCAUGGCACGCGAGAGGGUGGGUGGCCAGCACCACGCCGGACCGCCUUUGUCUCCCCCAGUGGCGAUGUUUAAACUGCACCAGGUACUCAUUUGAGGCUGAGUCGACCUAGGGGAGGCCCAGGACCGGUUCAGAUAAUUGUCACCGGUGUUGGCCGUGAGGGGGAAUUGAACUCGGGUCUCCAGGUUCAUAGCACAGCGCGCUAACCGCUACCCCACCCCACCACACACUAAUUUAAAAGAAAACGAAUACUUAGAAAAAACAAUGACAUUGGCUCUUCACUUAUCAGGCACAAAAGAUUAGAGAAAAAGAGUACGUCUAUAGAAAGUUUAAGUUAACAUUUAAAUACAAAAAAAGGCAAUGUGACACGCUGAAGAUUGCUGUUGCAGACGCAUGGCGUUUUCCAAGAGGGUUAAUUCGUUUUUAUUUUGCGGAUGUUCUGUGUUUGUGAAAUAAAAUUCUUCCCGACAGCGUC